AUGGUGAACGCAGACGAAAGCGUAGAUCAAUAUGGCCUCAACGCGCGACCGGAAUUCAAAGACACGAUUCAGAUCAUGGACCUCCCUGCGAAAUACAUCCCGGAGACCGGCAAGCAUAGGAAUCCCGGGCGGUUGGUCAUUGUGGGGGAUGUGCAUGGCAUGGAGGAAUCCCUGGUGCAGCUGCUGGAGAAGGUGGGCUUUAAGGAGAAGCGUGAUCAUUUGAUAUUGGCGGGGGAUAUUAUUUCCAAGGGCCCGGAUUCGAAGGCUGUGGUGGAUUUGGCGCGGAAGCUGGACGCGACGGUCGUUAGGGGGAAUCAUGAGGAUCGUAUCAUUCUUGCCGCGGCGGAUAUGAUGGCUGAGCAUAUGGAUUUGGAUGCGCCGGGUCCGAGCGAGCCGGUGGAUAAGGUGCAGGAUGUGCUUGAGGAGGUGUCUUUCAAUCAUGGGGAUUAUAAGGAUAGGAAGCUAGUUAAGGAGUUGGGACAGAAGAGGGUCAACUGGUUGAAGGAAUGCCCGGUUAUCCUUCGUGUUGGGAAGUUGGGCGAUAUGGGCCAGGUGGUCGUCGUACAUGCGGGUCUUGUUCCUGGUGUAGAGUUGGAGAACCAGGAUCCGACUAUGGUUAUGAACAUGCGGACGAUUAAGCAUGGGGUGCCUAGUGAUGAGAGAGAGGGCCAUGGCUGGAUGGAGGUCUGGAAUGAAUUCCAAAAACGCCUUCCGAAGCACAAACGCUCCACGGUAAUUUACGGCCACGAUUCGAAACGAGGACUCCAGAUGGAGAAAUACAGUAUGGGGAUAGACACCGGAUGUCUGAAGGGAGGAAAACUUUCAGCCAUCGUCAUAGAAGGUGGCCAGUCGGAUCAUAAGCACAAGCUAGUUCAGGUCGACUGUAAAGAUGGGAGACAGAAAUAG